AGCGGAGGCCACUUUCUGUUUCCGACGCGCAGUGAGGCUCAGUAACCUCCAUCCAUCCAUCCAUCCAUCACCCAUCCACCCAGACCACAACCUGGAUGGCCCAUCUUCUUAGUCACAUUUUGCACACACACUUCUGCUUUUUAUGCGGAAUGUAACCCGGGUAAUAGCUCAUUUAGCCCGGGUUUAACGUGUCCCCCCCCUCCAUGGAGGACUAGUCAGGUCGGGGAUCCACCGCCCUGCAGUCUGCCGGGGAGAGACGGAGCUCCACAGCGAAGGGAAUACACUCAGGUGGGGGAAGGAGACGUUGAAAAUGGUCGGUGUUUCGUGCUCAGGAGGCUCAUUUUGCCGUCAUGUGAACGCGGAAGAGACGCGUCAACCUGUCGGGGAUGAUGGAGAAAAUAUGCGGCUGGGUGGUGCCCCAUAACCUCCCCUCUCCCUCGCCUCCCACCUGAUCUCCUCUCAUCCUCCACCUCCUCUCUCCACCUCCUCUAUCCAUCCAUCUCUGGCAUCCUGGUCACCAUGGCGACCACCCUGGAUACGAUGCUGGCCCAUCCUGACCAGGAGCUAAGUCCUGAGCGACUGGAUGGCUGCGGGGACUCUGUUGGCCGCUACAAGGUGGUUCCCUCUGUGGUCUGCUCCAUGUGCUGUCUCUUCGGCAUUAUUUACUGCUUCUUCGGCUAUCGCUGCUUCAAAGCUGUGAUGUUUCUGACAGGCCUGAUGUUUGGCUCUGUCGUCAUCUUCAUGCUCUGCUACAAGGAGCGCGUUCUGGACACCCAGCUGAGCGUGGAGGCCUCAGUGGGCAUCGGCCUUGGCAUCGGCACGCUCUGUGGCCUGGUCACCAUGCUGGUUCGCAGCGUUGGCCUGUUUAUGGUAGGCCUGCUGCUGGGCCUGCUGGUGGCUGUGGCCACCUUGGUGGGAAUGGAGGAGCUGUCCGACAGCCCGCCACGCUCCGUCUGGGUGCCCCUGGGCGUGCUGCUUGGCUUGGGCAUGCUGUUUGCCGUGCUCACCCUGCAGUGGCAGCGCCUCUUCACCACAGUGUCCACAGCUAUGUUUGGUGCUGCAGUCAUCACUGUGGCAGUGGACUACUUUGUGGAGCUCUUUGCCCUCGUGCUGUACAUGUAUGAGCGAAUAAAAGCCGCACCUGGAAAGCCUGUUUGCUGGAUAACAUGGGUGGUGCUGGGGGUGUGGCCUGCACUCACCCUGCUGGGUGUCAUAAUCCAAUGGAAGGUGACAGCUGAGGGAUACUCACAUACUAAGGUCAUCAUCAGCCGGCAGCAGAGGAGGAUGCAGGUGAUGAGGAUUCGUCAACGGGACGACCGCCAUCGUAAGAAGAAGAAGAAGCAGCAGCAGCAGGGCUCCUCCUCGUCCCACAACCAGGCCAAACAGCUACACGUUGAGCCCGCCUACCGACGCAAACCCAACCCAAUUCGUCGCUACGACACAGAUGUCCUCUCGCCAAGCUACAUCCAGAGUUUCAGAGAACGGCAGGUGCAGGGUCAGCCCUUCCCCAGCCGGCUGGUUGGAGGACCUCACACCGUGGUGGAUGUUGGCUAUGACUGCGGCUCUUCAGCACCCCUCACUGGAGCUGCAGGACCUUCACUACGGAUCUGACCACUCCUUCCACUCCAAGAGGCCUGAACACACCACUUGAAAAGGGAGACACGUGACUACAAUCACAACCCCGUGUGGGUGAAAUCACACCUGUGUUCAAACAAACCACCACUGGGUUUCAAUGCAGUGAUUCUUGGUUUAAACAUUAUCUGGGUUUAGCCACACCCUUAAGAGGAAGAAAACGUAUUAAUGGCUGGAUUUACCCAAAAUGCAAAAGUUUAUUUUAGUCUUAAGUAAAUAUAUUUGGGUCUCUCUUUGUGGCUUCCUGCUGGAGUCUUCAGUGUGGUGCAGAGGUUUCGUUUACCUCUUUUCACUGACUCUCAGUAGAUCAAAAUGCACACUUGCUUGCAUGCACUUAGACAAACAUGAACAGCCGCUACAGUCUUAAGGGUUGACGUAAAAACCUAGAGCAGCCUGCUGUACCCGGCCCCGGUCUGUAUGUCACCGGCUUAAUUCAAACCGAUCAGGGAUCGCAGUUUCAGUGCAAACACGCCUCAGGUUAAAACACAGGCAUUGUAUGAAAAAUCUAAAUACAACUUUGCCCUAGUCCAGCGUGCUGUCUCCACCACUGUGGUCGUUUUUCAACUGAUGCUGCAGAAGCAACUUAUUCCUCAGCCCGUAGGGAUCUGAGAUGUCCAGCAGAGAUCAUCUAUAAAUGGAAGUAAGGGCCCUUUUAUGAAAACUGGGAUCUUUUUAUUUGCUCUCUGUGCCAUCUGAACAACAAAACUUUUCCUGAAAGAAGGGAGUUGUCUCUAAUGUUGUUUAGAGAAACCCUUCUUCACCAAUGGUGCUGGACGAUGCACUUCCUCAAGCAUAAACUGCUCCAUGUUGGCUAGGGAAUCUGUUUUUAACGGGUGCCUUUCCCCUCUAUGGACUGUACCAUUCAGCAAAGGGAGGGGGAUUACUGGCAGAUCCCCCUUCAGUGGCUGGUUUUUGCAUUAAAUGUGAUCACAGAAGGAUUUCUCAAGGGGGUAGCCAUUGAGCUACAAUAUGCAGGGUAAAAAAAUGAGUUGUCAGCUUGUUGUCGUCACAGAUGCCUGGAUUUUUGAGGAGAAUUUACGUUAAGCUGACAACAAGAAAGCCGUAUUUACACUGGCACUCAGCUAAGAUUUCACAUGACACAUACAGAAAGAGAUUAAGAGAAAUCCUAUAUUACUUUUUACAACCUGAAUUUUAUCCCUGAAGUGCAAAAUGUUCACCCUUAACAAGAUUAUUUACAUUCCAUAAGCAAAGCUAUAACACAUAUUUAACUCCUUCCUUGAAUGAAUUGAGUUGGCUCUGUUUUAUGCUUUAAGGAAAUCAAAGUUCCCACAACAAUCAAUUUUUAAAAUCAAGUGGAAGCAAGUGAAAGCCAAAAAUUAUAUACAGGAUGGCGACCUUUGUGUAGGCUCAAAUCUCACAAUUUGAAAGAUAAUUAUAUGUUGAUUAGAAAAUGUGACUUCGAGGGAGAAAAUGCAAAUGGUUCAGGCUGAGAUGCUAGUGUAAAUGAGGCUCAGAGGGUGUGAAUGAUAAAUGUGGACUAGUGGCCAUACCGACUUGUACUUAGACCGACUAAUCCUUCCAACAUGUGCAUUGAUUUUCUUUAUUUGGGACAAUAUAACGUUUUUGUCACCAGUGAAAAUGUGAAUACUUUGUUAUCUUUGACCUUUUUAAAGGAAACACAAGCAAAUGUGGUGGGAUGGAGGGGAUGUGUAUGGUUCUUUUUUAAGAUUCAUCUCUGGGAAACAGAAAUGCAUGAAUUCACCCCUCCGUGCGUCUGCCCCCCCCCCCACCCUUUGUGGCUUCGUUUAAGCCUCCACUGAACUCCCCAUGAUGUGCAUCAAUGUGAAAUUUGUACAUAAAACACAGCACUUACUAACUUUUUUGUUACUUUUAUUCAUUUCUUUUUUUCAUUUCUUAGAAAUCUAAUUUAAUUGAGAAAUGUUCUUUUCCUGUGGGAUGUAUUUAUUUACUGAUUUAUUUAUUUCUAGAUCCGCUCUGUAAAGGAGAGUGCAAUGUCAUCACUGUAGGCCGGUAACUCCAUGCUUUUUUAAAAUUGAAUUAUGACUAUGAUUAUUAAAGCAUGUGUUCCUAUGGGCCUGUAUACGA